AUGCCUCCCAGACAAUCCAAAACCGACUCUCGCGCUCUGACCAUCCUCUUCAAGAAGCAUAAAACCACUGUCCUUCUGAUGCUCCAACCCCACGAAUCACUCGACUUCGCCAAAGAACGGCUUCUGGAUGCUCUGCAAUCGCGAGAAAUUACCAACAUAAAUGGCGAUGUUCUUCCUGACGACUCCUGUGAUAUUGAGUUCGGUGAACCGGUCGACCGAGCGGACCUCUCGAAAGGUUGGAAGCGCCUCCAAGCAGAUGCACCAGAAAUAGACACCGAGGAUGCCCCGAAGAGGAAUAAGGGCAAGUCACAAAAAAAUCCAGUAACUAUAAUGGAGGCCGGUCUUCAGAAUGGGCAUUCAAUUGCCUUCCGCUUCCACAAAUCCAGUGAGGGUCAGAAUGGCGGUCUUGAUAUGGACCUUGAUGGUGAGGAUAAAGGCUGGGAUGUCGUCAUGCCGGUCUACGAUGAUGAGCCAGAGGAACGAGGUUAG